UUUUUCGUUAAUUACCUUCCAGUCCUUCUUCACAAGUCUUCAAAGUUUCAAUUUGAAGCUUAAAUCCGAAAGCAACUGCAACAGUUUCUUCUAGAGCUUUGCUUCCCAAAGCAUGGACGUAUCUUCUUUAGGCAAGUUAGCUUCUUCUUAUUAAUAUUAUUAUUUGAUUUUAUUCCGUCUUUCCUCGUGGAAUCGCUCACUCUUGUAAUUGAAGCCGUGAAGAAGGUAUGGAAGACCGAAUCUAUGCAUCUCUAAGUGAUUACUCCUACAUAUUCAAUCACAUGGAGUCUCUGUUUGCUCAAGAUCGCAUCGUGUUCUCCACCAAUCGGUUAAGCUGGUGCUAGGGUGUUCUAUGACCAAGGACCUUGAGAAGGUUCAACCUUGACCAGAGAAUGGUUUCAACUGGUGAUGGAGGAGGCAUAGAGGAAGAUGGGGAAGAUUUAGGGCCUGGUGCUAUACCAAAUAAAAUCAAGCCUUGUGUUUCCCUUCACGUUUCUACCUCUCUAAAGGGAUUGUUCGGCCAUGAAGAGUCUGAAAAAGAUGCUUUGGAUUUCUUUACAGAUGUUCCUAGUAGGCCCGGAUUCCUGAAAUUUGCUUCAUCUACUUGUGCAUCUCCAUCAGCCAGAAUCCUGCAACUUGCUGGGGGAAGAGAUGAAAUUUCACGUUCACGUUCAGUUCAUUCUUCGACAGAACAUGGGUUCCAGGAAUAUUUUAAUUUGAUCUUAGCUGGGAAAAUUGAUUGGGUUUCUCUCUGGAAAGUUGGCAAAAAAUGGAUCAGAAACCCAAUGAACAUUGCCAUACUCAUUUGGAUUAUUGGUGUUGCUGUUUCGGGUGCAAUCAUGUUCCUUGUUAUGACAGGAAUGUUGAACCAUGUCCUACUGAAUACAUCCCAAAGAGAUGCCUGGUUCGAAGUCAGUAAUCAAAUCAUCAAUGCCCUCUUUGUUCUUAUGUGCCUUUACCUACACCCAAAGCGAUUCCAUCACCUUGUGCUUUUAUGUAGAUGGAGACAAGAUGACAUUUGUAGACUCAGAGAGGUUUACUGCAAGAAUGGCACUUACAAACCGAAUGAAUGGGGCCACAUGAUGGUUGUCCUGGUUCUACUCCAUUUGAACUGUUUUGCCCAGUAUGCCUUGUGUGGCCUUAACUGGGGUUACAACAGGUCAGAACGACCACUCAUUGGAGUUGGUCUCUGCCUCGUUUUUUCAAUUGGAGCGCCAGCGGUUGCUGCUGUAUACUGCUUUUUAAGUCCCCUCGGGAAGGAUUUUGAGUCUGAAAUGGAUGAGGAAGCACAGGAUCGUAUGAUCUCUGUUGACACUGACCGUUCAAAUCACCUAAGAGUGAUGUCUUUUGAGGAGGACAGACAUGAGCAGAGAGUUGUGAACAGACCCGAGUGGAGAGGAGGUUUACUUGAUUAUUGGGAUGAUAUUUCUCUUUCUUAUCUCACAUUCUUCUGUAGUUUCUGUGUUUUUGGGUGGAAUAUGAAGAGACUUGGGUUUGGGAACAUGUAUGUUCACAUUGCGACUUUUUUUCUAUUUUGUACUUCUCCCUUUUGGGUUUUCAAUCUUGCUGCCAUUAAUAUUGACAGUGAGGCUGUUAAGGAAGCAUUGGGCAUCACAGGGAUUUUGCUUUGUGUAUUUGGAUUGCUGUAUGGGGGCUUCUGGAGGAUCGAGAUGAGGAAGAAAUUCAAUUUGCCUGCUAAUGACUUCUGCUGUCGUAACCCUUCGCUGACUGAUUUCGCAGCGUGGCUUUUCUGUUUUUCAUGUGCUCUAGCUCAAGAAGUGCGGACAGUGGAUUUCUAUGAUAUUGUGGGAGAUAAAUUUUACAGAAAACAAAUGGGUGAGAGUAGCGAGAGGGUACUGUCUCCUUUGCCCCGCGAGGAUGGAUCAUUUCACUUGCAAUCAAGCCCAAGUCCUCGACUUUGGAAUGGCCUCAGCGCAUCCAUGCUGAAGAUGCUAAACUCUCCAAGCCCUAGUAGAGUUUUCAAAGGAUAUUAUGAUUUGGAAAGGCAGCUGCCCAUGGUGGAGGAAGAAUCUGUUCCAAGAAGCAAGGACAAGACCAUGACACCACCGUGUCCAUCAGUGAUGGGAAGAGAAGAUAUACAGUCAUGACCCUUUCCAAUUGGCACUGUAAACUGUGAAAAGAAUGGUGGUGGUGUGUGGAGAUAUAUUCAAUGGUGAGUAAAUUUUGAUUGUUCUCUACUUAUUUCCCUAAUUGGCCUUAUGUUGUUAUCUAUGUAACAUCAUUGUUUUUUGACCGAGAUUUGACCUUUAGGAUUUUAUUGAAACAAUUCUUUACAGAAAUGAUUUUGUCUCAAAAGCUUUGGGUAGUUACAAUCAAACAAUAGGUUUAUGCUGUUAA